AUGAAGCAGGAAAGGUACGAUGUCCAUUGCGAUAGUCAGAGCGCAUUGGAUUUAAGUAAGAAUGCGAUGUAUCACUCUCGCACGAAGCACAUUGAUGUCAGAUAUCAUUGGCUACGUCAAGUAGUGGAAGAACAACAGUUCAAGUUGGAAAAAAUUCACACUGAUGAGAAUCCUGCUGACAUGAUGACGAAAGUUGUAACAGGGGGAAAGCUUCAAUGGUUUGAGUGGGAUUCGACCACUAGCAAGGAUGAUCAUACUUUGAAUCUGAAGUCAUCAGAGAAAACUCUUGUUCAAUUGGAAGAUGUUGGGCAACAAUUAGCUAUGACCUUCAACAGUGAGGGAAAUUUACUUGCUGUUGGUGGCGAGGAUGGCAAGUUAAGGGUUUUUAAGUGGCCUUCUAUGGAAAACACCCUUGACGAGGCCAAUGCUCAUGCUUCUGUUAAAGAUUUAGAUUUCAGUCCUGAUGGGAAGUUUCUCGUCUCCGUGGGAAGCGGCCCUGCAAGGAUAUGGAAUGUCUCAACAUCAACAUCUGUAGCUUCUCUACCAAAGCAGAAUGAUGAGAUUUUCGGUUUCUGCCGGUUCUCGCGGAGUAGCGGCACAGAUCAAGUUCUGUAUAUAACAGCAAUGAGAGAUAAAGGUGGUUGUAUGAUAAAGUGGAACACUAGUUCUUGGAAAAGUAUAAGUUCAACACAUGUUUCCCGAGAUCCAAUAUCUGCAUUUAAUGUAUCGCCUGAUGGAAAGCUUCUGGCAGUGUAA